UAGUCACCCAACCCACUCAACUGAGGGCCUCUUAGAGAGAGGAAAUUAAGAAAAGGGGCCACCGAAGUACUGUUCGACUUCGUCUGUGGAUUCUCGAGCAGGCAAUAUGUCGUCGUCGUUUGACCAUGAUUCGAUUUUUAAAGACCAGAGUGCGAAAUCGAAUAAUUCGAAGGCGAAUUCGAUGCCGUCGUUGGAUAAGCCGGUGUACGAUGAUGAUAUUUUCGAAGGUUUGCCUGGAUUGAAGAGCUCGUCGGCUUCUGCUGCGGGGACGUGGCCGCAAUCGAGCGCCAACGUUGAUGAUGUGUUUGCGUCGAUAUCCAGUUCGCCGCCGAAACAACAACGGAGAGCGAAAGAGAAUUCACCAUUUGAUGAUCUUCUGGGGAAUUUAGGUAAAAAGGAGACAGAAUCGAGAGUCAAGAAGGAGAAAGAUGCUUCGGUAUUUGAUGAUUUGUUGCCUGGUUUUGGCCGUAGUAGCUCUCCUAUUAGUAACAGGUCAACUACAGAAUCUAUUUGGUCCCAGAAGCCACCUUCUACAUCAAAGACAGCAUCUAGUGGGAUGAAGGACCCUUUCGUAGGCUUAGGAUCAAAUUCGGAGGGUUCAUCAGAGGUAUUCACUGAUCCGCUUGAAGAAAUGGGUAUAUUCAGUCAGUCAGGAAGUGCAAGAGUGAAUGAUUCAUCUCUAAGUGGAGGGACAUUUGAUGAUUUAGAUCCUCUUAAUGUUCUUGGAAAAUCCGUGCCUCCUGUUUCAACUGUGGUCAAUAAGAGACGGAAGGAUAGGAGCCCUUUGAGACCUGGAGGCGUGAGUGAUACAAAAACUCAUCCUGGUGAAGAAUCAAUUGAGAGAUCUUCAGAAAAUUCUGAGAGUUACUCACAGAACAGGACACCUGUUGACAAUUUUCAGGGAUCUCAUGAUCCCCUCUUUGACAUGGCAAGUGCUUCAACAGAUUCUCAUAGAUCUGUUGGCCAGGCUACAUCUCCCGCUUCAUACAAUAGUACCAGCCCUAAUGAGAUAAAGUCACAGGUCAACUCAACUCCAAGAUCUGAAGAUAUAUUUGAAUCAUCUGAUGACAUAUUGCUUACUGUGUCAGAGAUUCCUCUUUUUACUCAACCCACAAGUGUUCCUCCUUCUUCAAGACCACCAUCUCCUAGACCGACACGACUUUCAAAGUUGGAGUCUUUCGCUAAUGAAAGAAAGAAGGUUAACGAGUUUUCUACUGUGUCAAGUUCUCAUCAGUAUUCUUGUAGCCCUAGGUCAAGUCAUACUGCAGCUAGGGGCUCAGUGGCAUCACAAAUAGAUGAACUUGAAGAUUUUGCCAUGGGUAGGUCCUGGAAUAAUGCUAAUGAAUAUGGAGAAGUCCCUCUUGCUGUAGAUGUGGAAAGCUCUGUAGCUGCUGCUUCAGCUGCUGCCAUGAAGGAAGCUAUGGACAGAGCCGAAGCUAAGUUUCGCCAUGCAGAGGAAGUGAGAGAAAGGGAGUCUUUAAGGGCUGCAAGAAGUAAAGAAUUUGUUCAGCUAGAUAAAGAUGAGAGUGGCACACCAGAUGCUCAGGAAAGAUUAGAUUGGGAAAGGCAACAGAGAGAGAAGGAAGAGGAAGAGAGAGAACAGAGGAGAGUUGAGAGAGAGAGAGAAAGGGAGAGAGAAAGGGAGGAGAGGGAGAGGGAACAGAGGAGACUUGAAAGAGAGAGGGAACGAGCUAGGGAGAUUGAGAGGGAAAGAGAAAAGGCCAGACAAGCUGUGGAAAGGGCUACUAGAGAGGCAAGAGAAAGGGCAGCUGCUGAAGCUCGCCUAAAAGCUGAAAGGGCUGCUGUUGAUAAAGUAAAUGCUGCAGCUCGAGAACGUGCAGAAAGAGCUGCUGUUCAGAGGGCACAAGCUGAGGCUCGUGAAAGGGCAGCAGCAGAAGCAAGAGAAAGGGCAGAAAAGGCUGCUGCAGAAGCCAGGGAAAGGGCAAAUGCAGUAGCGAGGGAGAGGGAAGCACGGGAAAGAGCAUCUGUUGCUAGAGCUGAAGCCGAAGUACGGCUUAGAGCUGAACGAGCUGCUGUAGGAAGAGCUGCUGCAGAGGCCGGAGAAAGAGCUGCGGCAGAGGCUCGGGAAAGGGCUGCUGCUGCAGCAAGGGCAAGCCAGAACCAACAAAAGAAUUAAAAUGAUCUUGAAUCCUUUUUUAGCAUGGGUUCUCGACCAAGCAGUGCACCUAGGCCAAGGGCCAACUCUUCAGAUCCUCUUUUUGAUGUUCAGAGCAAGGGAGGGCCUGAAGCAGGGAGGAGGACCUCCGUUGGAACCUCAUCUAACAUGAAGAAAGCUUCUUCAACUACAAAUAUUGUUGAUGAUCUUACUUCAAUUUUUGGAGCUUCUGGCUCAUCAGCUGGAGAGUUCCAAGAGGUGGAAGAGGAGACUGAAGAAAGAUGAAGAGCCAGGUUGGAACACCACCAGAGGACUCAGGAGCGUGCGGCAAAAGCUCUGGCUGAGAAGAAUCAACGUGAUCUCCAAGCUCAUAGAGAGCAAGCUGAGAGACAUUACUCCAAAUCAAUGGACGAUUUUCCGGGUCUUUUGGCCAGGGAUUUCGGUUUCAAACCGCAGGGGAAAAACGCCCCCAUGGCACCUUCUCGAGCUAACAAUUCCUCAACUGCCAAUUCAAGUUUCGGACUCGGAUCUGAUAAUCCUCCCGAUUUUACUAAAUCCUCAUCAUUAAAAUCGAAUCAUGUAUUCGAUGAUCACGAUCGCGAUGGAUUGUUGUUCGACGAUGUAUUCGGUGGGCCACCGAAGUACUCUUCGACUUCGUCUGUGGAUUCUCGAGCAGGCAAUAUGUCGUCGUCGUUUGACCAUGAUUCGAUUUUUAAAGACCAGAGUGCGAAAUCGAAUAAUUCGAAGGCGAAUUCGAUGCCGUCGUUUGAUAAGCCGGUGUACGAUGAUGAUAUUUUCGAAGGUUUGCCUGGAUUGAAGAGCUCGUCUGCUUCUGCUGCGGGGACGUGGCGGCAAUCGAGCGCCAACGUUGAUGAUGUGUUUGCGUCGAUAUCCAGUUCGCCGCCGAAACAACAACGUAGCGCGAAAGAGAGUUCACCAUUUGAUGAUCUUUUGGGGAAUUUAGGUAAAAAGGAGACAGAAUCGAGAGUCAAGAAGGAGAAAGAUGCUUCGGUAUUUGAUGAUUUGUUGCCUGGUUUUGGCCGUAGUAGUUCUCCUAUUAGUAACAGGUCAACUACAGAAUCUAGUAGGUCCCAGAAGCCACCUUCUACAUCAAAGACAGCAUCUAGUGGGAUGAAGGACCCUUUUGUAGGCUUAGGAUCAAAUUCGGUGGGUUCAUCAGAGGUAUUCACUGAUCCACUUGAAGAAAUGGGUAUAUUCAGUCAGUCAGGAAGUGCAAAAGUGAAUGAUUCAUCUGUAAGUGGAGGGACAUUUGAUGAUUUAGAUCCUCUUAAUGUUCUUGGAAAAUCUGUGCCUCCUGUUUCAACUGUGGUCGAUAAGAGAGGGAAGGAUAGGAGCCCUUUAAGACCUGAAGGCAUGAGUGAUACACAAGCUCAUCCUGGUAAAGAAUCAAUUGAGAGAUCUUCAGAAAAUUCUGAGAGUUACUCACAGAACAGGACACCUGUUGACAAUUUUCAGGGAUCUCAUGAUCCCCUCUUUGACAUGCCAAGUGCUUCAACAGAUUCUCAUAGAUCCAUUGGCGAGGCUACUUCUCCCCCUUCAUACAAUAGUACCAGCCCUAAUGAGAUAAAGUCACGGGUCAACUCAACUCCAAGAUCUGAAGAUAUAUUUGAAUCAUCUGAUGACAUAUGGCUUACUGUGUCAGAGAUUCCUCUUUCUACUCAACCCACAAGUGCUCCUCCUCCUUCAAGGCCACCACCUCCUAGACCGACACGACUUUCACAGUUGGAGUCUUUCGCUAAUGAAAGAAAGAAGGUUAACGAGUUUUCUACUGUGUCAAGUUCUCAUCAGUAUUCUCGUAGCCCUAGGUCAAGUCAUGCUGCAGCUAGGGGUUCAGUGGCAUCACAAAUAGAUGAACUUGAAGAUUUUGCCAUGGGUAGGUCCUGGAAUAAUGCUAAUGAAUAUGGAGAAGUCCCUCCUGCUGAAGAUGUGGAAAGCUCUGUAGCUGCUGCUUCAGCUGCUGCCAUGAAGGAAGCUAUGGACAGAGCCGAAGCUAAGUUUCGCCAUGCAAAGGAAGUGAGAGAAAGGGAGUCUUUAAGGGCUGCAAGAAGUAAAGAAUUUGUUCAACUAGAUAAAGAUGAGAGUGGCACACCAGAUGCUCAGGAAAGAUUAGAUUGGGAAAGGCAACAGAGAGAGAAGGAAGAGGAAGAGAGAGAACAGAGGAGACUUGAGAGAGAGAUAGAAAGGGAGGAGAGGGAGAGAGAACAGAGGAGACUUGAAAAAGAGAGGGAGCGAGCUAGGGAGAUUGAGAGGGAAAGAGAAAAGGCCAGACAAGCUGUGGAAAGGGCUACUAGAGAGGCAAGAGAAAGGGCAGCUGCCGAAGCUCGCCUAAAAGCUGAAAGGGCUGCUGUUGGUAAAGUAAAUGCUGCAGCUCGAGAACGUGCAGAAAGAGCUGCUGUUCAGAGGGCACAAGCUGAGGCUCGUGAAAGGGCAGCAGCAGAAGCAAGAGAAAGGGCAGAAAAGGCUGCUGCAGAAGCCAGGGAAAGGGCAAAUGCGGAAGCAAGGGAGAGGGAAGCACGGGAAAGAGCAUCUGUUGCUAGAGCUGAAGCCGAAGUACGGCUUAGAGCUGAACGAGCUGCUGUAGGAAGAGCUGCUGCAGAGGCCCGAGAAAGAGCUGUGGCAGAGGCUCGGGAAAGGGCUGCUGCUGCAGCAAGGGCAAGCCAGAACCAACAGAAGAAUGAAAAUGAUCUUGAAUCCUUUUUUAGCAUGGGUUCUCGACCAAGCAGUGCACCUAGGCCAAGGGCCAACUCUUCAGAUCCUCUUUUUGAUGUUCCGAGCAAGGGAGGGCCUGAAGCAGGGAGGAGGACCUCCGUUGGAACCUCAUCUAAUAUGAAGAAAGCUUCUUCAACUACAAAUAUUGUUGAUGAUCUUACUUCAAUAUUUGGAGCUUCUGGCUCAUCAGCUGGAGAGUUCCAAGAGGUGGAAGGGGAGACUGAAGAAAGACGAAGAGCCAGGUUGGAACGCCACCAGAGGACUCAGGAGCGUGCGGCAAAAGCUCUGGCUGAGAAGAAUCAACGUGAUCUCCAAGCUCAGAGAGAGCAAGCUGAGAGACAUAGGAUUGCUGAAACACUAGAUGCUGAAAUCAAGCGCUGGGCUGCUGGGAAAGAAGGAAAUUUACGUGCUCUGCUUUCAACAUUGCAAUAUGUGCUUUGGCCUGAAUGUGGUUGGCAACCUGUUUCUUUGACUGAUUUGAUCAUUGGUGCCGCGGUCAAGAAACAUUAUAGAAAGGCAACUUUAUGCAUCCAUCCUGACAAAGUGCAGCAAAAGGGAGCCAAUCUUCAACAGAAAUAUAUUGCUGAGAAGGUGUUUGACUUGCUGAAGGAGGCAUGGAACAAGUUCAAUUCAGAGGAGCUCUUUUGAUUGCUGUGACGGUUAUUUCUUGAAGCCUUCUGAGUUAACUAUUCACUAUUUUUGGGAAUGGAAUUAUACGACUUGGCAGAUGAUUCUCCUUUCUGCUGCUACCAUCCACUUCAAAUGAUGUUGGCUGAUGAAGAGGGAUUCGGGAGUUUUUCACUGAAUUUGAGAUGCGUAGGUCCAAGUAGUCGCUUUAUAAAGCUUGCUGCAAAUGCACCUCUGGAAUUUGCCUCAGAUAAUUGUAAUCUCUUGUUGGAAACUCGGUGCCUGUUGAGUUCAGUUAUCCCAUUUGGUUGAGAUGAAAUAUGUAAUUUUUGUGUCAAUUCUUUAUAUUAAUUUUCAGUAAAUACCAAUUAUGUUCAUUACUAUCAAACUGACUGUAUGAAGCCAUGUAUGAUUCUGGAGCUGAGAAGUAACUGAUAUAUUUUUAUAUAUAAAUUUUUUGUUUUGUCUUGA